GUUGACGCUUGAUGUAUGCAAAUCUGCCAUAGCGUUCUAGUCUGACUUACAAUAGCAAUCACUAUUAAUAGUUUGGAGGCCAUUUCGCUGAGGAGAAGACGCUACGAUUCUUGGAGUUUAGUGGCCUUGCUCGAGGCUUUUGAAGAAGCUUAUAGUAACCACACAAACCGCAUUGUAACCAAGGACAUCACACUCGACUUAGUUGGUGUUUUCUUACUAUAGACAAGUUCGUGAAAGUACAAGAUUCUUUGUACAGAAGUACAUCAUAGGCUCGCGAGAUUGUCAUUGUUUCUUUUUGAACGACGGAAAAAUAUGGAAUCAGAAAGCCAAAAUCCACGUAAGAGACAGUACUUGCUUGAUCUCGAUGACCCAAACAUCGAAACUCAUGAAGUAUCUCGCGACACCAACACUACAACAGAAGUUCACCAUAAGACAGAAGUGGUGGAAGAGUACAGCGAAGACCAGACAAACUUCAAAUUAAAGUUUGAAGAAGCUCAGCGGAAUCUUUUUGAUCUGGAAGAAGAGCUGAGAGGGACCCGGGACAAGCUAAAUCAUCUUCAUGGAGCGUGCGAAAACACCGAAGAAAAGCUUUCGAUGUUGAAAGAUGCGACCUUUCUUUACCAAAACAUCGUGUCAAAACACGAGAUAACGUUCAAGACCGUGGUAGAGGAAAACAGAAUAUUGAAAGUUAAGUUAGAACAAGCUGAAAAUCUACAGAAAGAAUUAGAUGAAGAGAGAGAAAAUAAUCGUCUUCUCAACGAUAGAAUUAUUGUCUUGGAACGCGUUAAAGAGCAUGCUAAUGAAGAGAUCGGACGCCUGGAUGCGCAACAGAAAGAAUACGAGAAACGAACCAAUGCUGAGCUCAACUCGUUGCGUGACCGCAUCAAUGAGUACGAAGUAACUUGUACGGGACUACGUAGCAAGCUGGAAAUCAAGGAGGAAGAGUUGAUUCAUUUGAGAUUCCAACACACCGAAGAAUUGGAGAGCUUAAAGCUUGAACUGACAAAGAAACACGAGGAUUUCGUGAUUCAUGCUGAAAAAAGUGAAUCGCUGUCUCAAGAAUGCGAAGUUUUACGUCAAGAUAAAGCCCUCGGGGAAGAAAAUCUCUUAAAGGAAAUCGAAUCUCUCAAAACGAAGUGCGAUGAAAUCGACGGAGAAAAGGGAACUCUCGAGAAAGAGAAAGAAGAAAUCUUCAACGAGCUCAGUGGUCUGGAAGCAAGACUCCAAGAUCUGGAAACACUUCAAGCAGAAAGAUUUGAGCUCAAGAAAGAGAACGAAGAUCUACGAGCGAGAAUCGAGAUACUCCUGAUCGAAAAGAGUAAACUUGAGGAAGAGAAAGCAGAGCUCGAAGAAGACCUUGGCAAAUUAGAAGAGCGUAUGAAUGACUUGGACGCGCUACAAGAUGACCAUGAUGGGCUCUUGAUGAAAUAUCGAGAACUGCAAACAAAGUAUGACGAAUUGCUGGCCGAAAACUCUGGUUUUCUUGAUCAAGUUCACGCCCUGGAGGACGAGGAAGCAAAGCUCAAAGAUGAGAUUGAAGAUUGGAAAGGAAAAUACAAGACAGUGUCAAAAGAAAAAGAUGAGCUCGCAAGCCGUGUGAACCGGCUGGAAGACGUGGAGUCCCGACUCAAGAAAGAAAUCGAGGAUUUGAAAGCAAAACUGGAAAAAAUGCGGGAAUAUGAGACCAACUAUAAAUCCUUGUUGAAGGAAAAGGAGAACAUUGAGCGCAAACUCAAUGAUGAAACAAGGAAUGUCAACGAUUUGAGACGUAAAAUCGAGAGGCUGCAAAAGGAGAAUGAUGAGCUGAGCAGCAAGGAGAGAAAGCAGAGGAAUAGGAUUUCCGAACUUGAACGCGAAGUGAGAGACUUGACCAGAGAAAAAGAAAGGUUAGCGCAGCAGCUGAAGGACGCGAAAUCAAGAGCUGAUGAGAACUCGAAGAAAGUAGAUGAGCUGAAGGAUCGUAUCAGGGAGCUAGAAAAGCAGAUAAAAGAAAAAGACAGAAAACUGAAAGAGUUGGAAGAAGACAACAAGAAACUGGAGGAUGAGCUUGACUCUUUGACAGAAACUCUCGAAAGCGGCAAAGCUUCUUACAUGAAGUUGGCAGAAGAUCUGAACCAGGUGAAAGAUGAGAAUGAACAAUUAAGAAUCGAGCUGGAAGAACUGAAGUCGAAACCUAUUGUUGUAGAAGAAGCUCCAGUAGCAGCAAGCGCACCUGACUUUGACAUGACUGGUGACCUAGAGGGACUAAAACUUGAUUUAGAGGACGCAAACAAGGAGAAGGAAAGGCUUGAGGAUGAGUUGAAGAAGAUGACACAAAAGUAUGACACAAUGUACGAGGAGCUGACCAAGAAGAUCACUAUUUUAGAGGAGCGGUGCGAGACUCUUCGCAAAGAGGGCGUCGAGAAGGAGUUGAUAAUAAGCCAACUGAGACGAGACGAAAACCGCUACAAGGAGCGAAUCGGUGAACUUGAAAAGCUCCUAGAAACAGCUCCUGAAGACGGAAAAUAUGAAGAACUGUCCAAUGAAAACGACGCUCUUCAUAAGAAGAUCAAAAAAUUGGAAGACGAGGUACGGUUCCUGAGCGAUGAGCUGAAGAACGCUGACGACUUGUCCAUUAACGAGACCGCGGAACUGGAAAAAGAAACCAAAGUUUUAAAAGCCAAGAUUGCAGAUCUCGAAAAGAAAGCUAAAGAAGACGAGAAAGAAAUUGAACGGCUUAGAAAACUGGAUAAGCGGAAAGGAGAUGAUGAUUGGAAGAACCAGUACAACAGCUUGAAGAUUAAGUUUGACAGUCUGGAGCGCGACCGUGACAUGAUAAAGCGAGAGAAAGAAAGGCUUCAUAAAGAUUAUGUCGACGCAGAUGAUGAGCUGACAAAUAUCCGCUCAAGAUUAUCAAAGACGAAGAAACAAAACGAUGAGUUAAACAUUGAGAUCAAUACCUUGAGAAUCCAAAUAAGAGAGUAUGAAAGAAACUCGAGAAGCGAAACCUCGAAUCUAGAAAUAAACGAGGUAAAGAAAAAGCUAAAGGCUAAAGAAGAGGAGGUAGAAAGGUUGAGGAAUGAGCUCAAUGGUAUCGACGGAGAGGAAUGGCCGCAGAGGUACGAAUCGUUGAAACUCAAGUACGAAGAACUGGACGACGAGAAGAAUUCCUUGUACAAGGAGAAGAGUGAGCUGCAGAGAGAGCUGCGUAUCUCAGCAGAGAAGGUAGCAGAAUUAGAAAUCAAAAUCAGUCACAGUAACAAUGAUGAGAAAAGGUUUAGAGAAGAAAUACGCAUCUACAAGGUCAAAAUCAAAGAACUAGAAGUACGAAUAGAGAAAGUAAGCAUAGGCGACAAGGAGGAGAUUGACAAGUUAAAACGGCGCAUCGUUGAGCUUGAAGAAGAGAUUAUACGAUUGAAGAAACUACUGAUGGAUGCAAGUGAUGAUGGCAAGACUCGUGAUAAACUACAGGCAGAGAUUGAAGAUCUGGAAAAAGAAGUCAUUAUUCUUACCCACGAAGUUGAGCUCAAAACCGCGAAGACUAGAGACCAAAGUAAAGAAAUCGAAGAGCUACUGCUACGCAUCAAGGAACUUGAAAAUCAACCAAUUCCUGAGCCUCAAAAGAUUCAAGUAACAGAAACAGUUCUCGAGGAAUCCGUGCCCGACGGAGUAUCUCCAUGGGUCUUGCCUCCCGAACCAGUUCCAAAAGAGACAUCAACACUUAUCGUCGAUGUUAUUUGCUUCCCAGAAAUAGUACUUGGUGUUCUUGUGCGAAGCAAGCAGCGCAGUGGUUACCGAUUUCAAGGUAAAGGAAGAACGCUGUCUCAGUAUGAAUUCCAGGUAGAACCACUUCCUGGUACAGUACUAGUGGGCGUUCCACUGGCUGUCAAGGUUGAUGCCUCCGAGACUCCAACGUUACAGCAUCCUAACUUAAUUGACGGGAUACCAGGUGAAGACCAUAUAUCUCCAGAUAUGGACGUGAUUGCUCAAAGCGCACCAGAAGCGUUUCCAUACGAAUAUGAACGAAACCGUUCUCCUGUGGCAGUCACGUUGGAGGCUAACGAAGUUCAAGCAGCUUAUCCUCAAAUUCCACAAAUUUUGGAUACUUCGGAGCCACGUUCUGGAGCAUUCAGGCCCGUCUCGCCUAGAGGUAUGGAACCAUGGCCAAGAGAAGUAGACCAAGACUCCAUGAGGGUACCAAUAGGAAAACUCGUCCCCAUAAGAGCUGUUAUACGUGAUUCCACAGCAGUCGUGCAACGUGCCCAACCCACAAUGAUUUCCCAUGAUGAUUCAGUGUUCGACGACAGGACGUUCAAGCCAGUCGAAGUUGGCAGAUCAAAGUCCUUUAGUGGAGGAGAUAGAAGAAGUCACCCAGAAGAACCCAACGGGUACCCCAAUGGAUACCAUGAUGGCUUUAUCUACCCCAGAGAACUGCAACAACGAUAUCAAGAAGAAAGAGAAGUAAAAGCGGUGAAGCCUUCGGAAUACAGACAAGAAGUGCCUUUGGGCUUUGACCAAGAUGAUGGUGUGAAAAGAGGAACUAUGUGGAAACCGGUGGAAGAAAUGACUCCUAUGGAAAGACAACGACGUUCUGUUGGAUCGCUUGAUAGAUACUCGUCAGAUGAACGAAGUACAAGAGAUGAAGAACCUAGUAGGUACGAUGAUGGUCGGCAAGUGGACAACAGAAGGCGUAUGGAAGACGAAGCACAAUUACGACGAAGACAAGAUGAAGAACGAGCCAACAUGAGAAGAAAUAAGCAGGAGAGACRUUCCUUUGACGAAAGGAAGAUGAGAGGCAACAGACGUGAUAUGGAAAGAGAAGGAGACAACAGGCAUAUGAUGGAUGAAAGAGGCAUGGGAGGGUAUUACCAAGACCAGGAAAGAAGUAUUGGAUGGGACAAAAGAUUGAUGAAAGAAAUGCCUAAGAGAGAGACAAAGCAACAACCGGAAGUGAAACUCUGGUUAUAGACGUAAGCAACUCGUAUACAUGUGAUUAGGAAAUAGAAUGUCUAAAUGAAGGCUUUGGCUGAUCGUAAAAAUUCCUAAGGGUUGUAGUGCGUUCAAAGAAUUCAACCAUGGACAUAUUCGCCUCAACAGCUAAAGAAUUACAGAACUUAAUCACAAUGUGACAGAAAGAAUCAAGAGGUUUGACCUGGUUAAAAAAUCUCAGAAACUUACAUAUCAGUUACUUUGAUUGAUAAAUUGAGCGAGGCUUUAAUAUAGUUACGUAAUUAUAAAAGUACGCGAUGUAGUUCGGACUUAAACACGACUAGAAGAGUGUAUAGAUGCAUCGAGUGUGCGCAUUAUUAGUUGUCUCAAUAAACCUGUGAAAAAUGAUCUUGCAUAGGCAUUUAAGGCUCGCAGCGUUGAUUUAUAAAUAUGGUUUUUAAAAUGCUUACGUACGUGCUUGCCAAAAUUCGCGUUUCAAGCCAACCUAUCCCUAAUAAUCGGUGUAUAUUUUGAUCAGCCCAGAGGUUGUUUCAGGGUAUCGAUAAGAUUUGAAUUGUUUUUCACACUAAAACGUGUUACUUUCUAAUGCCUAUCAAAUUGAUAAUCUUUUUUCACGGGUUUACUGAAACAACUCUAUAAGGGAUUUGAAAAAUGUUGUCGAAAAAGAAAUCAACUGUUUGAACUUUUCUGCAACAAAAUGUUCAUUUGAUCCCCUUUUUUUUUUCCUGAGUGAAGUAGUGCAGUGUUGAUGCUCUUUAUUGAGAGUUCCCAAAAUUGGUUUCCACUCUUUCUCCCCUCGAUCUUCCGGGGAGUGACGUCAGACAUUUUUUACCAUUCGUAGCAUAACAGUUUGAAUGAAGGUCAUCUAGACUGAAUUCGUCUGAAACGUACAUGGCAAUACUGCGCAAUAUUGUAUCCAUUGCUAGGUUUGAUAAUUUAGACUUCACUAUGCGUAACAAUGUGUAAUUCCUUGCUCUCAGAGCCUGCAAUACUUUUGGCCAGGGGCAAGUAAUAAGCCUCCUUAAUGAAAAACUAUAUUCUCUUACCAAGAUCCUACUCAUUUGACGAGUUGACUAAUAAGUAGCGUCUUGGUACGAGAAUGGUGGAAAAUAUAUGAAAUCUGGUUCAAGAGAAUACUUUCUUAAUGGUCUUAUUACACAUUUACGGUCGAUAUCAGUGUAAUAAAGCCGUGAAUAAAAACCAUAUCAGUGAAGUGAUACGAUAUCACUUCACGGUAAACUGGAAAUUGUAAAUUUUGUCACUUUAUCGACCCUAAAUGUAUAAUAAACAAAUUAUCACAUGCUAAGAGAUAUAUAGAGGUUAUCACUUGAGAGCUGGAUAUCUUGUUUAUUCACUCGUCUCCCAUCUGAUAUCGCUCGCUCACUCGUUCGCGAUGUCAUGGAAACUCGUGAAUAAAAACGAUAUCCAGCUCUUAACACGUGAUAACCUCUAUAUAUCCAACCAAAAACGAUAUCAAGCUCUUAACGCGUAACUAACCUCUAUAUAUCCACCCAGUCCCCUUUUGCUUGAUGGCGGCCCGUAAGGAAUGAGUGGACAAUGAGAACAAGGAAAGUGUGCAUUCACAACGUGAAUAAAUAUAUCCUUGAUUAUAACAUUACCAAAUAAUAUUUUCGUAUCUUAGAUAAUAAUUAAGCAACAUUGCACAUACAAAAUUUUGAUAGGAACAUCUACGAAGAUGUUUAUUAUAUUUGUUACACAAAUCAAGAAGAUGAAAACAGAGUAUUCUAUCAGUUAAAAUAAUUCUUUUCCUUCAGUUCUGAACCUGUUUUUCAUUUAAUUUUGUCUUGGGGUGAAAAAUCGUAGCAAAACGUCUCCUGUGUGAGCUACAAAGGAUUAUAAUGAUAAUGUGUCUUUAAUUUCUCAAAGUUGAUAAUUAGUCGUAUAUGAAACAAUACAGCACUUGUAUACUUGACAAACUCAGUUAAGUUAAUGUCAUAUCCAAAAACAAUUAUAUUAAAAGACUUUGUUCACAUAUA